UGUUUUCGAAGAACUGUCAAACGCACGUUGCUUUGUUUACAUUUGUUCACAAGCGAAGGGAUUGCAAGUGUACGCCCAGCAAACAUCGAAGUACAACCGGCUUUCGCGAAAUAUGGAGACUACUUCCGUCGAUUUGGGGUUUCUGGAACCGUGUGAACCGUGGCUGCUAACCAACAAAUUCUUUCGCAGUAAGGUAGGCGGAAAGCCGGCCUGGUUAGAGCUGAAACGCCUGCCGAAACCGGAAGAUCUGCUGUGCGGGCAAUGUAACGAACCGCUCGGAUUCCUGUGUCAGGUUUACGCUCCGGUCGAAGGAAAUGAUAACAGCUUCCACAGGACGCUGUAUUUGUUCGUGUGUUUAACGUCGGCCUGCAAUCAGACAGCCAACUCGGAAGCACGGACAAUCAAAGUACUCAGAAGUCAGCUGCCAAGAAAAAAUGAGUUUUACGCUUAUGAUCCACCGGAUGAAACAACGGAAUCGCCUGCGGUAAAAUCUCCCGUUCCUCUGUGCGUUGUCUGUGGCUGCCGCGGACCGAAGCUUUGCUCCCGCUGUAAAGCGAUUAACUACUGCAGCGCAUCACACCAACGGCUCGAUUGGAAAGCUGCCCACAAAAGUGUUUGCAGUGAGGAAGGACUUACAACUAGCUCCGGGACAGCGAGCACUACUAGUUCACUUCUAUUUCCUGAAUUUGAGAUCAUUACCGAGGCGGAAGAAUAUGAACCCAAAGCCAAACUAUCGGAGGAAGAGAACACGAAGCGUCAGCUGGCCGAACUGGAGCGUCUGAAGCGGGAAGGUAAGGCAGGCGCACUGGACGAUCUGCCCGAUGCGGAACUGGACCAGUAUGCGUCCGAUCAGGUGGAAGAUAAAACAUUCGACAAGUUUAAGGAGCGCAUUUCGGCCGAUCCCGAGCAAGUGUUGCGGUACGAGCGAGGUGGUAAACCGCUGUGGUUGUCCCCUGUCGUCCCGAAGCAAAUUCCUCACUGCGAACGAUGUACCGGACCGAGAGUGUUUGAAUUCCAAAUUAUGCCCCAGAUGCUGAACAGUUUGAACAACGAUCAGCUAGACUGGGGUACGCUGGUGUGCUACACCUGCAGCGCAAGCUGUGAUGUGGAGGGCUACGCGGAAGAGUUCAUCUUUCGGCAAGAUGUACUCAAUACGGACACGGCAAACAAGUAAAACUCAGACGCAUUAAGCAAAUAAAAAAAACUCGUUUUUGUCAAAUUGAAAAUAAAACCCUAAACGUACGUUUAUUGACGUUCAUAAA